AUGGUUACUACUACGAAUGCGGUCACUAGUACUAGUAUGAUUCAAGGAAAUAGCAUGUUGCCUUCACCUAACACCCCUGGCACAGGCGAGAAUAAUGGUAUUAAGAGAAUUAGUGAUAAUAGAAGGAGUAACAAGCCUAUUAUGGAGAAAAGGCGGAGGGCGAGGAUAAAUAACUGUCUUAAUGAGUUAAAAACGCUCAUUUUGGACGCGAUGAAAAAAGAUGUUCUUACAUAUGGUGCAGAAACACUGACUCUGACAAAAAGAACAAUAGGUAAACUAAGAGUUACACAACGUGCUAUGCCUGCCAGACAUUCGAAGCUUGAAAAAGCAGACAUCCUCGAGAUGACAGUCAAACAUUUACAGAAUCUUCAAAGACAGCAAGUCGCAAUGUCAGCGGCGGCAGAUCCCUUAGUAGUUAAUAAAUUUAGAGCAGGGUUUAGCGAGUGCGCUUCUGAAGUCGGUAGAUUUCCAGGUUUAGAUCCAAUCGUUCGACGAAGGUUACUUCAGCAUCUAGCCAAUUGUCUCAGCCAAGGUUCCAAACCACAAGAAGUUCCUCAAGUACAGGUUCACAUACUUCCAAAUACUCAAAAACCUCUAGAGCAGCAAGUACCCCAAAGCAGUGGCAUUAUUCUUAGCAACAGUAAUGGUACUGGAGUUCAACUAGUACCGACAAGACUACCGAAUGGGGAUUUAGCUCUGGUACUUCCUGCAACUUUACAAGCACAGCCACAGUAUUCUUCGGCCGUGGUACCAUUAUUAGUGCCAAUAGUACCGGAAAGAACCGCUUCAACCACAUCAGCGGCCAGCAGUUACUCAAAUUAUUCUCCCAGUCAUAGUCCCGAACCUAUGGAAUCUAUGUACAGCCAACCGAGGCCAUUGUCUUUGGUAGUAAGGAAAGCGGAGCCUGAGGAAGAUAAACCUUGGAGACCGUGGUGA